AUGGUGUUUUUCCCUGAGGCCCUCCAACAAAGUCUCGAAGAGGCAAUUGAGAAGCGGCGACAGAUACGCCGACUUUGGACCCUUCGCCCUCCUGAGUUUUACGCCAAUGGCGUUAAUUUCAUUUCAAAUGAUUUCCUAUCUUUGAAUUCAGGUGUGCACCGUGAAGCGGUCUUGGAAGAAAUCGCGCGAUACCCCAAUUUCAAGGUUGGUGCUGCUGCCAGCCGAGUCGCGGAUGGAAGCUCGGAGUACACCUUCGAACUUGAGCGGUGGCUCGCAGACUUUCACAACGCAGAGUCCUGCCUAUUAUUCAACUCCGGAUUUGAUGCCAAUGUUGCCAUUUUCAGCAUUCUUCCUCGUCCGACUGAUAUCAUUGUCCAUGAUAGUGAGAUCCACGCUAGUGUUCACACUGGUAUGCGUGCUAGCCGUGCCUCGCUGAUCAAGUCUUUCUCCCACAAUGAUCCUCAGUCAUUGAAGAAAGUACUUCUCGAACUUCUUGAAAAUGACUCCGCAGUAGCAAAGGGGGAGAAGACGGUUUUUGUUGCAAUUGAGUCCAUUUACAGUAUGGACGGUGAUAUCGCUCCAGCGGCCAAAAUUGUCCAGGUUGUCAAAGAGUGUUUGCCUUUAAAGAACGCGGUUAUGGUUGUAGACGAGGCUCACUCAAAUGGCAUCAUGGGCCCUCGGGGAAGCGGGUUCAUUUGUCACCAUGGACUCGAGAGUGAGUUCGCUAUUCGGUUGCAUACCUUUGGGAAAGGUAUCAAUGCUACUGGGGCCGCGGUCCUCUGUCCUCCCUUGUUCAAGGAGACGCUGGUGAACUACGCACGUAAUUUCAUCUUCACAACUGGUCCAGCCUUCCUCACCAUGGCCACUGUCAAAGCAUCCUACAAUGUUAUCAGCAGUGAAGAAGGAGAAGAAAGAAGGCAAAGGCUGCAGGCUCGCAUCCGGCAGUUCUAUCGUUGCCUCACUGAGCACCACCUUUGGGGCGCUGCUUGUAAAACUGGCCGAGUGAGAGUCCUUGCUGCUGAAUCUUGGAAAGAUAUGGAAUUCAUUUCGCCCAUCAUUCCUAUGUUAACAAAGGUGGGCCUUUCUCACAGCUUGGAGGAUAGACUUGCUGGCUGUGGCUAUUUCUCUCUGGAAGUCGGAUAUCCUGUUGUUGCAAAGGAAAAGGAGCGAGUGAGAGUGAUCAUACAUGCCGAUAAUAGUGAGCAUGAAGUCGAUGGUCUCGUAGAUGCCAUAUUGAACUGGGCGGCGGACCUCCCUAACUAA